CAUUCUGUCCAGCGGCGAACUUCUAGCCACAAACUUCCCACGUCAUCUUUGGCGCUGUUUAUUCAUUUUCUAUCCUCCUAAACUAACAUGCACCAACUGGGUGACACCAGAAAACAAUCACCCACCUCUCGCCACCUCUAGAACGUACUUCACUCUCACCGCUGAAAAAUUGUUUUUGUCUUUUCUUAAAAUAAAAUUUUGAAUUCUGUGAGUAUGAAAAUCUGCUCUAAUUGAUGCGAGAAGGCAACGAUAGCAAUUAAGAAAUGGCUGCCGCUUCUCUACAGAUUCUGAAAUCCACUUUGUUUACUCCUGUUUCUGUUUCUCACUCUAAUUUUCCCGGAAAAUCAGAUUCUUCCGGAAAAGUCCGGUUUAGAAGCUAUAAUUGUUUGAGGGGCUCCGUCGGCGGAAAGUUUAGGGUUUGUUGUGGUGUUCAAGACGGAGAUAAUAAUCAAACCAACGGUGAAGAGCCCCCAGAGUCAUUAUUUAUCAAGGAACUGAAGAGAAGGGGCAUGACACCAACUUCAUUGCUUGAGGACACAAAGAGGAUAGAUUAUGGAUUGAAUGAAGAGACAAAAUUGAGGGAAGGAGACAGAAGUUUCUCAAAAAGAAAUACAGUCUCAGCUGAAUUAGAUAAAAGCCUAUCUAAUCAAAGGGAGCGCUCCAUGGCAUUGAAUAGUGAAGGCCUUGAGGGAUUGAUUCCCCGGGCUAAACUCUUGCUAAGACUUGGUGGAACAUUUUUCUUGGGAUUUUGGCCAUUGAUCCUGAUAACUGUGGCAUCUUUUUCUGCUCUCUAUUUAUAUUUUGGACCAACCUUUGUUCAUGAUGGAACUGAAACCCCUAUUUCUCCACCGCAAUAUGUUGAUCCGUAUGCACUGUUGGAAGAUGAAAGAAUAUCUCAAAUUGCCCCUCGUAUAAAUUGAAGUCUAAAUGUUUCACCUACUCGUUCUUAAACUUUAAUUAUAGGUCUGUACCAUAUUUUCUUUUGCUUUUGUUAAUUCUUUCAGUGUAAAUCUAAGUAAAUAGCAACUUUUCUCAUCAAUUUGAUGCUUUCUCUCUUUUCUCCA